CGAGGGUGGAGGCGGUGGCCGCGGGGGCGGGGGCGACGACCGCGAACCUGGGUCGGCUUCCGAGGCCAGCCCCGCUGGCCUCGCGGCCUCGCCGCUGGGCCCCCCGCCGGGGCCAGCGCCGCUGUCGCUCGGCGCAAGGCCGCUCACGCGGCCCAUGUGCGCUGCGGCGGGCCGCCCGGGCGGCGAACCGAGGCCGAUGCUGCGGGGGCCGCAGCGCGUGCCGCACGGCGGCCCCGCGGGUCUCUACCACGACAUGUUGCUGCCCUGCGGCCUCUUCCAGGAGGAGGCGAUUGACAUCAUGUUUCGCGAGCUGAGCCCAGACGAUUUCGAGAUGCUCGCGAAGCUCGACGAGCACCUCCCGAAGAGGAACAUAGUCCAGAGAACCACCGUCGACACGCUUCCCCAACACCACGCACAGGAUUGUGACGUUACCGAGUGUGGGGUCUGCCUUGUCGCCCUGGAACCCACGACGCGGGUAUCCGCCUUGCCAUGCGGCCAUGCGUUCCAUCCGCAUUGCAUCGCCAGGCGCGCCCGCGGGGGGGUCCUGCAGCCGCAAGGGGGGCCCAGUAGGCCCCAGCCGGCCCUGCAAGAGUCGACGAUGACUGCAGGGUUGUCGUACGGUUUUGGCAUAUUCGCCUUCUCGGUGUUUGAAGCCUCCAACGCGUUCCCAGAGCGCUCCAGGACGCCGCAAAUGUCGUUGAAGAUGGCCCCAAUGAGGCUCCAGGAGGGCUUUAGGAGGCCCCACGAGGGCCAUACCACACCCCCAGAGUUGGCUCUGCAGCCAGCAGGCUGGCGUGCGCACGAGCAGUGCAGACAAACACAGCAGUGGUGGCGCAGUGCGUAAUCAAGGUUGCCCCGCGAGGGCGCGAAGAUGUCCGCGCUUUGCGUUCCGCGGCCUGGGCCAGAGAGUUGGCCUUCGCCAUGGUGCCGCGCCUGAAUUUUCAAAGCAAUAGUGAUUCGCGUCUCUCGCAGCGCUAGUACUCUGCAAAAGGUACCUCUUCACCACGAUGCUUGGCCAGGUUCAUGGACCCUAGGAUAGAGUACUACCCCGUUGCUAUUGUUGGUGACCAUCCCGCCACGGUGCGCAUCUGAAUCGAAGUGUGCGGAGUGAGGGGAUCCUCAGGCGAUCUCACGACGAGGCAGUGUGUUCCUGAGCGCAGAACCUGCCCGCCGUCGUGGUUAAACGGCGCGGAGGAAAUUUCUGCACACUUGGAGUACGUAAGUUAUCGCAGACGCCUACGACGAAUCACCGGCGCCCCCUGCCUUUGCGGAAGCGCCUAUGUGGCCGAACUUGCGGCCAGAGUUCGGCCAAGUUAUCGGACAACGUGUUUCCCCAGCCGGUGAGGAACCCCUUCGGGGAACACGUGGGGAGA